GGGAGGAGGAGGAGACUCCGCCGGCAGCGCCCCGGCCCGCGCGGGCUGCCCGUACUGCCGCCGCGCCGCCACCGGUCGCCGGGCGGAGACGCCGCCCCGACGGUGAUGGCCAUGCCCUAGGGGAGACCCGCCAUGAGCCAAAGCGGGGCCUCACGCCUGGCCGGCUCCCCGCCACUGCCGGGGGGCUCGCUGCUGGCCCUGCUGGCCCCUGAACCCUCCCCGUCCCCACCCAGUGGGACGCCCUCGCCUGGCCCCCCCCCGGCACUGCUAGAAGGGGACUGGGAAGGGCGGGAGGAGCUGCGGCUGCGGGAGCUGGAGGAGGCGAGGGCGCGGGCGGCACAGAUGGAGAAGACGAUGCGAUGGUGGUCGGACUGCACGGCCAACUGGCGGGAGAAAUGGAGCAAGGUGCGGGCUGAACGCAACCGGGCCCGCGAGGAGGUGCGGCAGCUGCGGCAUCGCCUGGAAGCCCUCACCAAGGAGUUGGCCGGCCUGCGCCGCGACCGCGACCGGCUGGAGGAGCGCCCGCCGCCCACCCGCCCGCCGGCGCGGCUUCAUGGCCGGCCCGGCACCAGCAGCCCACCCAACGUCGACGGGGCAGAGGGAGAGGCCAACCCCGAGCAUGAGCCUGUGCGGGAUGUGGGGGCCGAGGCGCCACAGAAAGCCAAGGAGCUGGAGCUGAUGGAAAACAUCUUGACGAGCAAGCAGGAUGAGAGCUGGGAGCAGCGGGGCCCCCGGCCCUCCUUCGCCCGCCAGGAACGGAGCCGCCUGCUCUGGGAGGACAUCAGUGUUGUGGAGGAGGAUGCCACCAAAGUCACCGCCCUGAAGCUGAGGCUGGAUGAGUGCCAAAAAGUACUGCUCAAGGAGCGGGAGGACAAGCUGGCGCUCAGCAAGAGCAUCGAGAAGCUGGAGGGCGAGCUCAGCCAGUGGAAGAUCAAGUAUGAGGAGCUCAACAAGAACAAGCAGGAGGUGAUGAAGCAGCUCAACAUCCUAAAAGAGAUCCACCAGGAUGAGCUGGGGCGCAUCUCCGAGGACCUGGAGGAUGAGCUGGGCGCUCGCUCCAGCAUGGACAAGAAGCUGGCAGAGCUGCGUGCGGAGAUGGAGCGGCUGCAGGCAGAGAACGCAGCCGAGUGGGGCCGGCGGGAGCGGCUGGAGACAGAGAAGCUCAACCUGGAGCGGGAGAACAAGAAGCUGCGGGCACAGAUCGAGGACCUGGAGGAGGUGCUGGCUCGCAAGCGGCGCCAGACGGCCAGCGCCCUGGACACCGACCUCAAAACCAUUCAGGCCGAGCUCUUCGAGAAGAACAAGGAGCUGGCCGACCUGAAGCACAUCCACACCAAGCUGAAGAAGCAGUACCAGGAGAAGAUGGCCGAGCUGGCCCAUGCCAACCGCCGUGUGGAGCAGCACGAGGGUGAGGUGAAGAAGCUGCGCCUGAGGGUGGAGGAGCUGAAGAAGGAGCUGGCCCAAGCCGAGGACGAGCUGGAUGAGGCCCACAACCAGACACGGAAGCUGCAGCGGUCACUGGAUGAGCAGACAGAGCAGAGUGAGAGCUUCCAGGUGCAGUUGGAGCAUCUGCAGUCCCGGCUGCGGCGGCAGCAGAGCACCCCGCUUUUCGGCAAGAUGCGCAGCGCCCGCUUCAGCCCCGAUGACGCCGGGGACGGCACCAGUGACCCCGACGAGGAUGAGGACCUGCAGAUCCAGGUGCCCUAGAGCCCAGGGCCAGGUGCCACCGCCACAGGGAUGUCCCAUGGCGGUCCUCUGCCCACAAGUGCCUGUUGCCAUGGGGCCUGGCCAUGCAGUGACCUUCCUAUAGGUGGGGAAACUGAGGCAUGGAGCGGCAGGGAGGAAUUUGCCCAGGGAUGCUCCAAGCCUGCUGCCUCUCAGACAGUAUCUGAUGCCCCUUGGCCACCGGCAUCUCCUGGGACACAGAUGUGGCCACCAAAGCCAGCAUCGCUGAGCAGCCCAGGAGGAAGAAGUACAGGGCAGAGAGGGGCAUCGAGCCCUGCAGGCGGCCACGCUCUCCUGCCCACUUUUUUAUAUAUAUAAUAUAUAUAUGUAUGUAUUUGUAUAUGAUUUUUUUUAUCAUAAAUACAGAGCCCAGAGGGGCCCAGGC